AGCUUGAAACAUUUCCCAUUUCUUCCUUCUCUUCCAGUAAUUGCCCCUCCCUUCUGGCAGCAGCUUUAGCACGUGCAACAGCUGAUGAAGUUCUCCAAAGUGACCUCUCCACCCAUUACCUGCCCAAGCAUGCGGACAGCCCAGACGGGAUCAUACAGGUGGAGACAGAGAAGUUGGCUCGCACCGUGUUCAGCAAGCUUCACGAUAUUUGCAGCACCUGGGCGAAGGACUUCCCGCUUCAGCAGAAGCCCCACCGUUACUAUGAGACAUCGAUCCACGCCAUUAAGAACAUGCGCCGCAAAAUGGAAGACAAGCAUGUCUGCAUCCCGGAUUUCAACACACUCUUCAACCUUGAGGAUCAAGAGGAGCAGGCCUAUUUUGCAGUGUUUGAUGGCCAUGGAGGAGUAGAUGCCGCCAUCUAUGCCUCAGUUCACCUGCAUGUAAACUUGGUGCACCAAGAGAUGUUCCAGCACGAUCCUGCUGAAGCGCUCUGCAAAGCCUUCCGGGUAACAGAUGAACGCUUUGUGCAGAAGGCAGCCAGAGAGAGCUUGCGAUGUGGGACCACAGGUGUCGUGACGUUCAUCCGAGGGAACAUGUUAUAUGUGGCAUGGCUGGGGGACUCUCAAGUAAUGCUCGUGAAAAGGGGCCAAGCGGUAGAACUGAUGAAACCUCAUAAACCAGAUCGGGAGGAUGAGAAGAAACGCAUCGAGGCCCUUGGAGGUUGCGUGGUCUGGUUUGGGGCAUGGCGAGUCAAUGGAAGUCUUUCUGUCUCCAGAGCCAUUGGUGAUGCAGAGCACAAGCCAUACAUCUGUGGAGAUGCGGAUUCUGGCUCCACAGUGCUUGAUGGAUCAGAAGACUACCUCAUUCUAGCCUGUGAUGGCUUCUAUGACACAGUGAAUCCUGAUGAAGCUGUUAAGGUGGUGGCUGACCACUUGAAGGAGAACAAUGGGGACAGCAGCAUGGUGGCACACAAGUUAGUGGCUUCUGCUCGAGAUGCUGGUUCUAGUGAUAACAUCACUGUCAUCGUGGUCUUUCUCAGGGACAUGAGUACAGCGAUCAGUGUCAGCGAGGAGUCUGAGUGGACAGAGAACUCUUUCCAAGGUGGGCAAGAGGACAGUGGAGAUGAUAAAGAAAACCAUGGUGACUGCAAGAGACAGUGGCCUCAGCACCAGGUCUCAGCACCUGCCGAUCUUGGAUACGACGGGAGAGUGGAUUCUUUCACAGACAGAACUACCUUGAGUGCAGGUUCCAGCAUCAACGUAUUAGAAGAUCCAGGCUGUUUAGAUCUGAGGAAAACAGAAGCUGGCAAACUUCACAGUGCCAAACGCCUUUCCCCAGAUCAAGUGUUCAGUGCUGGUGUACCAAAGAGGGCGAUUUUGAGUCAAAGCAUAUUGGCAGAGAGCAAGACAGGGGCUGACGCUUCUACAGAUGGGCAGAACAGUCGCCAGGUGUCAGUUAAUUUGGGCUCUAUAAGCCCACGUGAGUGCAGCGUGGUGGUUGAGCCCCCUAUCCCCACCGGGCCCGAAGGCAAGUGGUUCAAGUCAUGGGGAAGAAGAGCUUCCAUUUUCUCUCACUUUCAUUUCUGCGAUGUGAAGCGGUGGCAGCGACUAGCUAGACUGAAGCCAAAGCUCCAUGGGCUGCUCUUUCAGCAGAGGCCACUUUCCUGCACAGAAGGUUUAGCUCUCUGCUCACCCAACCACCUAAACAGCCGCAGAAACAAGUUCCUGAGAAGCCGUCCUGGGCAAGCUUCCAUUGGUUGUCGCCAAGGUCACGGCGAGAGCAUUUUCUUGAUGCUAAGGCCAAGUCCCUGUAUACCAGACCCAUGGCUGCUGUGGAGUUGUAAAAAAUAACAUGUUCCUUUGUAUUUUCCUUUUUUCUUCAAUAGGCUAGACAUUCACAGAAUUAGAAGUAAUUAAGAAUGAGGAUUUCAGAAUUAGGAGAUUGCGGAAGGCUCUACUCAUGUAAAUAAAUCCUAGGAAUAAAAGUGUUUGUCUCCAAAGUGGAAAAAAAAAAAAAGGAUUGGCACAACCAGUCUCCCUAGCAACUUCCUGGACACAUUUAAUCUCUCUCUCUCUCUCAUGUACAAACACACACGGAUCUAUAUGUACUCUGUGUAGCUUCAUUACUUCGUGGGAACUGGACAUUCUUAUUGACUCACUGGACAAGACAGGAAAGUGCCAUUAAAAGAAUUUGCAAAAAAAAGAAAGAAACCCGUUAAGAGAUGAGUCUGUGGAGCAAUAUUUUCAGAAAGACCUUCUUUUAGAACCUAUUGGUUUUUGUAAGUGGAUGAGAGGAGGAAGUAGGAAGGUAUAUGAAGUCCAUGGGGAUGGGGGUUCUUUAAUAUGAAGAGCAAAAAUUAUGUAUCAGGUUGUUUUGCAGGUCUGUUGUUAAAAGCCAUAUGGGAGUUUAAUCUAGCACCUAGGCCCUCCCAGCUCUUCUUGUAUAUCCAAGAUGCAGUUCAAGGGAUGUAUUCAACCUUUACUUUUUCCCUAUUUAUAAGAUGGGGCAGGGGGAAGGAAUGCCAUGCCAAGUUUUUGUAGUUUUUAAAGAUAAUUUCCUGCAGCUAAAAUUGAAACUAUACUGAAAUCACAGUAACUUGUUUGGGCUUGGGGGGUGGGGGUUUACUUAAUGACAGUUUAGUCUUUUUAACUGAAAAAGUAAUAAUCCUUAAACUGCUUAAAAUAAAUAACUGUGGUUGAUUCAAGCCACUAAGGUCUCCUCCCCAGUCCCUUUUAUCUCAGGUGUCAAACUGAUGUAAAGUCAGUUCAGAUACAAUUUACACUGUCCUAUGAAAACUCAUUAAGCCACCAAUUUGUCAUCGGUUCUGCUUUCCCAGGUAAGAGAAAGUAAUCUUUUUUAGAAAUAAUAGCGUGUUGGAGACAUUUUUGCUCAACUGCUUGGAGCACCUGCAUGUUCGUCUGAAGAGACCUUAAGAAUAGGAAACGAAGCUACUAGGGAUGCCCAGAGCAAGUGGGAAUGCAAUCAGAUGAAAAAAUAUGAACAUGGCAAUCUACUCUAGCAGCAAUAGCAAAAUGAACUAAAAGUCUAGAGAACUAAAUUGCCAGUUACAAGUUAAGGGUGAGUCUGAGGAUUGCCUUCCAUUUUUGACCUUAAUCUUGAUGAGUAAAAUACUCUUGAAACACUAAUGUUCACAUAAGGUAGGUAGCUGGGAUGUAGAAGAAGCACAUAAAGCAUGUUAGAAGAAGUCUGUUGGAUGCUUAAAUGAACUGAAAUAUUAGGCACUCAACCUACACUAUCUAAAACCCUCACAGAAUUCCACAAUAUUCUGAUCAAUACCACUAACUAAUGCACUCUGUCAUUCGUGCAAAUUUAAAUAUUUACAGAAAACUUGAGAAUACUGAUGAUUAGAAAAUGCUUCUGAACUUUGAUUUGUGGGCUGACUUAGGUUUUUUUUUUUUUUUUUUAAUGAGUGAAGUAGUCCUUAAUUAGGCACCCUUUAGAGGUUUUGGAACUGCUACUCUCAAAAUCUGGACAUCCUAAUUGGAAAUUCUGAAGGAUACCAUGUUGCAAAAGGAUUCACUAGAGGAAGAAAAAGUAGUUUAAUACCAUUAAGAGAUUGAAAGCCCUAGGUUUACUCAUACUUGUGGAGGGGAGCACCAUUUGUUUGCAUUUGACAACUGCAGGCUUAGGUGUAUUAUGUUACAAAGAAAUAAGUGCUUGUAGAAUAGAGCAAUUUGGGCUGUCUUGCCUGAAAACAUUUCAGACCAGUCAAGGAUAGAUAGAUCCAGUUGCUUCUUUUGGAUGGCUGUCUUCAAUGGAAUGUGCAAAAGUAAUCCUCUGAAGGCAUGUCCAAGUUCUUGGGUGCUGCAGAAGUUGGAUGCUCUUCCCAAAAUGCAGGUAUAAUUGGAAAGUCUUGGAGUCUUGGAGCAUGCUCUUGUGUUUACAGUUAACUUCAUGCCUGUGGAUUCAUAGAUGGAUUACCUGCUGUUCUCCCUGUUUGACCCUGCAGGAAGGAACCUGUCAAUGCAUUCCUACUGUGGUCCAGUACAAAAUAUUGUUAAAAAUAGAAAGUGUCCAUUUCUUUCAUCACAUAGUGGUAGAGCGUGUAGAAUCCAUUUGUGAGGCAAAUUUUCAAAUGUGGUAUAAUACGUAUUUUAAAAGUAGUUGUUCCUGAACUGGUAUGUGCUGCUUGAUUCUAUACACUAGGCAAGAGGGGAAAAAAAAAGAAAAAAAGAAAAAAAGCAGUGCUUUGUGACAUGCUGUGUUUUUUCUUCAUGCCACUGGUAAAUAGGAAGUAGUUCUCUUCAGUUAACACUCCUGCGCCCUCAUUUGCUGCUUGCUGACGUAAGCAAUAAGCUCCUUUUAAAUUAAUGAUAAUCUUAAUGUUCUGUAACUUGUAUUUUGAUCCUUUAGCUGGUGAAAAUGUACAAAAAUAUAGGUAUUUAACUGUGUUAAUGUUGGUUGUCUGUAAAGUGUUUUGUAAAUUUGUGUAUUUAAAUAGUGGUGAUAUUUGCAUACUGAAAUCUUUCCAAUAAAGAUCUGAAGUAUCCCUCAA